AUGGAUAGAAGCUCUACAUUCUUUGGAAGUCCGACGUCUCAUCUCUUUCGAACAAAGAGCCCGUGGCGGAGAACCCUGCAGGAGGCUAUGGAGAAGGCCAACACGUUGUCUGAAGAGCCUCCGGUCAACUCAAACGAAACCAUCGCCGCCACCUCGACCACCACUGAGGCUGCGGAUAAGAAGGCAGUGACAGACUCGGCGAGCAACUACUCUCAGGACACGCAGGUUUAUAAUUCCGCGACUGAUCACAACUCGUCUGUCGCGGGACGCCCUCUAGUGGUCGAAGCAACUACUACCUACCGCCCUACAGGAGAGCGCCUAGCCUCCACUGCGAGUUCUGUCGACUGGAAGACAAGACUCUCCUUUGAGGUCGAGAGGGCGGAGGACUGGCUUCCAUCCCCGACGCGGGUCAGUGGACGGGCGUCUGAGGUCGAAUAUGUCGUGCCAACGAUGCCGCGAGCGUUUGGUCAAGGCCACGUACGCGAGGCAGCACAGAUUGGGCCCUACGAAGAAGAUGAGCACAGGUCAACAACACCUGCCGUGCGCAUGCCCACAAACCCUACGACACCUCUCAGCAGUGUCGAGCCCAAUAUUAACAAGCUCACUCCUCAACAGCGUUCAGUCAUGCAGACUACACCACCUUCAGCAGGGCCGCUUCAGAAGAGCGUGUUGCCAAUAUCCAAGACGACAGGUUCUUUGGGGGGAGAUAUGCCCUCGUUCGUGGCUUCCAGGGAUGCUAUGCGACCACGAGCAUCACCCCUGGACAGCAACACUGGCUCCUGUGAAGAAGAGGCUGGGAAAGGCAACAUCUCACAACUGAAGACACCAGGACAAGAAAAUGUUGUUGAGGUCAGACAGGCAAAGUCACUUGCCCACGUCAAGAGCUAUAGCGGACUGUGCUCCGAAGAGACGGGCUCGCCGCUCCGGCACAGAGGAUCGCCCACAAUCCGGUUGAUGAGAAAGCAGGUCGCCAAACUAGAGCCCAACUCGGAGUCUGUAACCUCAACCCCGGAGUUCAGCAGUGCUUUUAAGCGCCACUUUGGGCCGCUGGCCUCUUCUCCACGUCGUCGAGAUGACGUUGUGGACAAGGAGAACCAGAGCCCUACCAACAAGGCCUGGGGCCAUGGCAGCCAGAGUAUGGUGGAUUUCUUUCUCAACACUCGAAGAAGGCAGGGGGCGAGUAGUAGUGACGGGCCAGCUUUUGUAUGA